UCUCCUCCUCCUCCUUCUCCUCCUCCUCCUCUUUCUCCUCCUUCUCCCCCUCCUCUUCUUUUCUGGCGCGACCUCGGGCGACGAGGACAUCACAACAGGAUAAUCGCCCGCAGAGCUCAAGGAUUUCGCCGUCGGUGCGAGGAUAUCGUCUCGUAAAGCCACCGCCGAAAACAUCAUAGUAAUCGCAAGAUAAUGCACGGAAGAAUGCAUCAUCAACUCUCGAUCGUUCUCGGGAUCGUCCUGCUGGGCUGCUUUCAAGAUUACGUAUGGGCAGCGUGUCCCAGGAUAUGUCCACCGAGCGGCGAGCCCGUUUGCGGCAGCGACGGUGUCAUUUACGCGUCGCAAUGCGAAAUGCGGAAGAAGAUGUGCGGAAAGGGCGUUACCGUGGCCACGGAGAAGACGGCUUGCCUGAGGUCAUCCGGUAGCAAGUGCGAGCAUCGCUGUCCAGGCGAUCAAGAUCCGGUAUGCGGCACCGAUGGGCGUACCUACCUGAACAAGUGCAUGCUCAGGGUGGAGAUCUGCCGGGUCGGGAUCGAGCUGUCCCAUCUCGGGCCGUGCAACAAUAUUUCGGCCCACAGGGAGAAUUGCCCGGUUUCGUGCGAUUUCGCGCCGCUCGACGGACCGGUUUGCGGAAGCGAUGGAAACGUCUACAAGUCUACGUGUCAGAUGAAGCUGCUCACUUGCGGCCAAGGCGUCGUGCGUACGAAUAAGAAGCAUUGCCAGACCACAAGACAUUGUCGCGAAUCAUGUUGGCGUGGUGCCAAGCCUGCUUGCGGUAGCGACGGCAUUUUGUACUCCAACACCUGCAAAAUGCGAGCGAAGAACUGUGGCAAACAUGUCUUCGAGGUACCGAUGUCGUUCUGCGUGUCGCGAGAACGGACAUCCGGAGGCCAAUCGAACACGUGUCCCUUGGACUGCGAAAGCGAGCCGGAAGUGUCGGUAUGCGGAUCGGAUGGAAGUAUAUACAGGAAUGAAUGCGAGAUGCAAAUGCUAAACUGCGGGCAUGCGAGAAGAAAGGUAACGGCGGUGGACUUUGAGAAGUGUCGAUCCCGGCUAACAAAAUGCACGAAGCAACAACAGAGAUGCGGAAGCGAAGUGGAUCCGGUUUGUGGUAGCGACGCGAAUACAUAUCCGAACCAGUGCCACUUGAACGUGGCAGUUUGCUUAAAGGGCAUCCAAUUGGCUCACGUCGGCGAGUGCACGACCUUGAAGGAGAUCGAACAGUGCCCCGAAGACUGCGCCCAAGUACCCGAGGAACCAGUUUGUGGCAGCGACGGCAACGUUUAUCGAUCCCUCUGCCAUCUGCGGCGUGAGACUUGCGGCCAGAGGGUGGUUCAAGUUCCGGCACAACAUUGUCGCACCACCGCGCUUUGCAACCAAAUCUGCACCGGAGAGCGUCAGUUUGUUUGCGGCUCCGACAACAAGCUCUAUCGCAACGAAUGCGAGAUGAAGAGGGACAAUUGCGGGAAACACGUGUACGUGGUGCCCAUGAAGAGAUGUGUCCAGGGUUUCUUGUUUCGUGGCUGCCAGAAGAUCUGCCCACCUUAUUAUGACCCUGUAUGCGGUACCGACGGUAUGACGUACAGUAACGAGUGUUUCCUAGAGAUCGAGAACUGCCGCAGCAGAAGUCUCGUCACAAAAAAGUACCAUGGAGUAUGCGGUCAGCCGACAGAAGAGCCGAAAAAUUAUCUCUACUAAGCUUGGUCCUAGCAACCUAGCUACGAUUCGACAAGGUGACACGAGAGAAAAAAGAAAAAGGAGAAGAAGAGGGGGGGAGAGAGAGAGAGAGAGAGAGAGAGAGAGAGAGAGAGAGAGAGAGAGAGAUCAAUAGAAAAGAUAAUUUAACUUGCAACUCUAAGAAUCGAGAACCGACGAUUACUAUAUAUUCAUUUGUCAUGAGUUUUCAAGUAUUCCGUCGCUUGGAGAGCUAGCUGCAAUUUCGCUAAUCGAUUGAAUAUUCACUGUACCGGUUGCGACGAGUCCAGACACUUCGUCGUGACGCGAGCGAUAUGAUAGAGAAUAAUUUGCCCGAAUUCGAGGAUAUUUGAUUUCGAUGAGCGGAAAUAUAUCGAGAAUGUUCUUCCCACGAAGGGAAACGUGCUUGAGGGAAAUGAGCAUGUUGCCUGUGUCGCAAUUAGAAUUGUUAUCGUAUUGUUACUGCUAUUAUUACUGUAUUUCUAUAUAAUAAUAAUAUUGCCACGGUUGCCGACCCUUUCUUGAUUGUUGGCGUGAUUACAAAACGAUCCGUACUAUUAUAAUGAUCACGAAUCGAUAUUAUAUGUUAAAUUUGACAAAUAAUCGUUCGUGGUAAAUUUUAAAACGUUAUUUGUUCCUUUUCUUUUGUGCUUUAUAAAUCGAGGGAAGGGUCGCCAGUCGCGCAUCGAUAUAGUCCUUCCGAUAUCUUUAUACAUAAUUAACGGUAUAGAUUCAUUAUUAUUUAUUAUAGCAUUAAUCGUUGCAUACGACACACGAUUUCAUUUUUUCAUAGCUGCGCCCAUCGUUUUACUUAUGGCUAUUAAUGUAUCUCAAUGCAAUAUUGCUAGAGCGUACUCUUAUUCUAGGGGAAUAUUGUGCUACUAUAUCUCCUUCCGAUAUGUGAUGUGUGUUCAAUCGAUUAU